CUUCCCUUGACAUGUUUAUGUAACGUUUCAGUGCGAUAACUAUAAACACUAAGGUUAACUUUGAGAUAGUUAAUCAUAAUUUUUAGUUCUCUUUACUAAUUUAAGCCGAAAUCAUGUUGUAUAAAACACUGAACAAAAUUACCACUUUGUCUAUAUGCUUACACAGAAUGAAUUCGUCCUGUUUAUUUCUGCAUAACAUUUCAGUAUCUAAAUCACAUGCACAUCUUAAAAUACGUCCACAUCAUAGUCUGUCCUCUUUCAGAAGUUUACAUACUUUAACUGAUCGGUCUUCUAUAUGUCAAGUUAAACAAAACCAUCGAUUUUUCCAAAAAUAUUUACCUUUACGAUCUGUCCAUACAGCGGCUAUAUGUCAGUCUAUGAACAACGAUACCGUUUCCUACCCUCACGGUACAACCCCAAUACAAAUGUGGGGUCAUGAAACAGACUCUUUUGGUAAUAUUGAUGUGGAGGUUCCUUUUCAUGUACUUAUUCGACCUUUGGAUCCAGUACAGUACCCAGAAAUGAAUAGGGUGUUUAUAAAACUCCUGGUACCAUUCUCAAAUGAUUCAGCUAACAAAGAAUCAUUUGUUUCCAAUUUAUCUCGAUGGAGUGACAUCUAUGAAUUGAAUUCUACCACUGAAGAGGACAAAGUUAUUGUUAAAGGUCACAUACCUAAAGAUAUUUUUGGAGAUUCUUUACCAGAAAUGACCUGUCUUAUUGAAGUUCCUAUUAAAUUCACUGUUAAUGUUCAAGUUGCUGGGAAAGCUAAUGUUUCAAUACAAAAUAUGGAAGGAGAUAAAAUUAAUGUUAAAUUUCACUAUGGAAAAUGUCUGUUGACACAAAUUAAGGCUUGUGAAGUUGAUGUGUACUGUGUUAAAGGAGACAUAGAAAGUUCUGGAGUAUUACAAGGGAACAUCCGACUAAAAUGUCAAAAUCAAGGGAUUAUCAAAGCAGACCGUCUGCAAGGACAGACCAUUCACUGCAGUGUGGGUGGUGGCACUAUGGAUAUUCAAAAUAUUUAUGCUGAUACCUGCAAUUUAACUGCCAGUGCUCGAGCCCAGCUCAGUAUUGGUAGUUGUCAUGGAGACACGAUGAUACUCAUGAAAGAAGGAAAUGUGAAAAUUAAAAACUUAGAAGGUCAUCUUGAUGGUACUACAGAUGAAGGAAACAUGGAUAUAGGAUUAACAAACACUCCAAAGAAUGUAUCAGUUGAAAACCAUAAAGGUGACAUUAUUCUGGGAUUAUGUCCAACACUGAAGGCCAAUUUUGACCUUAAUGCAAAAAAAAUAAAGUUAGAUGAAGAUUUUUCAGAACUGUCAGAGAAAGUGGAGAAAAAAAUUGUUGGUGAGAAACAUUUGGAUUGUCCACAAAUACACAUGGAAUUACGGGGUUCAAUUGGAUCUGACAACAAAAAUUGCAGCCAGGUUAAAGCCAUUGCAAAUCAAGGUAACCUCACUUUAAAGAAGCAAGAUUGGCUUUCAUCCCUUGGAUUUUCAUUCAAGCUGGAUUGAUGAAGAACAAACAUUAUUCUGUAUUUAUAUCUUUUGUCCAUUAUUGAUGAGAAGACUUAUUUAAAAAUGUGUUUUGAUGUUGUUGUUUCAUUUGAAACCCUAUUACAUCAACAAAAUGGAUUACAACAAAUCUAUUUAGGCAGCUACAACAGAAUAAUUUAAUAUUCAUUAUGCCUGGUUGGUUUUUAGCUCUACAAUAUUGGUAGUAAAGUAUCAUUGGUUGUUUAUUAUUGACUUAUAUCUUUAUCCUUGUUAUAAAUUCAGGUGUAUUUGAUUGGCAUAGAGAAGGAAAUGGUCAAAGAAAUAUGCCACUGAACUACUGAAUCAUGAGUUAUAAAGAAUUCUGUUGUUUAUAAGCAGAGCUAUUAAAUGUACAUCUAUGGGUUCAUUUCUCUCACCAGGUCUCAUGGAAAAGUUACUGAACAGGAAUUGUUUGCACACAAAAUCAUUUUGAGUAUGUUUUGCUGCAAAUGCAAUUUUAAUAGAACCUUAAUAAUGAUAUAUGAGACUUUAGUAUUGCUGAAGGCAUCAUAUAAAGCAUACCUGUAAAGGUUAUUAAGAUAUUUAUAUAAAAAAA